CGAAGUAAAAAAUCUUACAUGCCAAAUAUGGACCGACUUUCUCUUAUUAUUUUCUGCUUUUUUGUUGCAUCAAUCCUCUUCAUAGCUGGAGCUCAAAGUAAGCUUUCUCUUUCCUUAUUUAUGGAAUUAAUUAAAUUUAUCUAUAACCUUUCUUACUGAAUAGUUUUGUGGUUGCGGGUGUAUGUGUAUAUGUUCCCAAGGUGGCAAUAAACAGAGCCUAGGCAAAAGAUCUGAGCAUCCAUCACCUACUGCUAGAAGUGAAGGGCAAAAGAGUCCACCCGCGGCUCACCGAAAUCCUCCAUCUAAUUCAAGGAAACGCGUUUCAGCUUGUGAUUCUUCUGCACGGAACGAAAUUAAUAAACCUGCGUCGAGUUCCUAUGCUAGAAAUACUGAUCGUGGAAACCCUAUCAGGUGUAUUCCGGGCCGAGAAUGCCGGGGGGGCUGAGGAACUAAGCGCAAGCAACAAUAGAACAAAAGCUUAACCACCCCUUUAGUUUUUUUGCCGCUUUGUUUUUUUAGUUAGUUUUUGGAAAGCAUCCAUAUUUUGUGAGUUGUUCUUCUAUUUCGAUUUGCCCAGGAAAAGUGCAGUUUGGCAAGUGUUUAAAUACUCUCAAUGAUUCUUCUUUUUGUUUUGGUUUAUUUAGGGUGUUUUUAUAAUUUUGUAACCCAACUGAAGAAUGCAGUUUGGUUUAAAAUAAAUUUCUUAAGAAAUA